AACUCAUCUCCACACUUACAAAAAAAAUUAGAGCAAAUCACAAAACGAAACUCUUGCCUUCUUAUUAACUUCUUACUAAAAAAAAAACAGAAGAAGAUGUUGUUACCAGAAGCAUGCGUAGCCAAUAUUCUUGCCUUCACAUCUCCGGCGGAUACAUUCUCAUCGUCAGAAGUCUCUUCAGUUUUCCGGUUAGCCGGAGACUCCGACUUCGUAUGGGAAAGAUUUCUUCCUUCCGGUUACAAAAGCCUACUCUCUCAAUCUACUGACCAUCAUCAAAGUUUCUUGUCUAAAAAGGAGAUUUAUCGAUGUUUCUGCGAUUCCAUUCUCAUCGACAAUGCUCGAAAGCUGUUCAAGAUCAAUAAGAUUACCGGGAAGAUUUCAUACAUUUUAUCAGCACGAGAUAUUUCCAUAACUCAUAGUGACCAUUCAUCUUACUGGUCUUGGAGCCAUGUCUCAGAUUUCAGAUUUUCGGAGUCAGCUGAACUUAUAACAACCGAUCGAUUAGAAGUCAAGGGUAAAAUCCAAACCGGAUUUUUAUCACCAAACACAAAAUACGGAGCAUAUGUCAUAAUGAAAGUAACUAAAGGCGCUUACGGACUAGACCUAGUUCCGGCGGAGACUUCGGUUAAUUCCAAGAAUGGUCAAAUUAGUAAGAGUGCAACUUAUCUAAGUUGCUUGGAUGAGAAGAAACAACAAAUGAAGCGACUGUUUUACGGAAACCGAGAAGAGCGAAUCGCCAUGAACGUGGAGGCGGUGGGUGGGGACGGGAAAAGGAGAGAGCCAAAAGGUAGAGACGACGUUUGGAUGGAGAUUGAGUUAGGAGAGUUUGAGACACGAGAAGGAGAAAAUGAUGAGGUCAUUAUGAGUCUCACGGAGGUGAAAGGAUAUCAACUCAAAGGUGGCAUUGUGAUAGAUGGUAUUGAAGUGAGGCCUAAAUCACUGGAUUAGGAUCAAGAUUAUUAUGGAGCCCGGGUCUAAUUCUUUAAUUGUAAAGAUGAAAGUAACUACGGGGUUUGUGUCUUAGUAAACUGAAUUUAUUUAUUUAUUUUUGGCUGCGACCACUAUUCUUUAUUUAUUCACUGUUAUUGUGCACGUUCAAAGAGUAGAAAUUUCAAGUUUUUAAUUA